CUGCUUCUGUUCCUCUUUCUUUUUGCGUUUAGCUUCUCUAUGCUUCUUCCUCUUUUACUUUCUUAACCAUUUUUGUUCACGUUGUUUUUGAAUAGGAAUUUCUCCUAGAGUGUAUUUAGGCUGUAUACAGUUUUAAGUCGAGGUCAAGGGGGAUCCAUGAAUCCUACAACUCCAUUUUCUCCUAUCCUCAUCCAAUUACCUUUUGGGGAUAAUCUCACAACAAAGUCGACUUUAAAAAGGUCUUCAUCAGAGGAAAAGCAGAAGAUCUUCAGUGCUAUGGCGAGUCAGACGAACCUGUGUGAGGAUGUGCCAUGUCCUGAGAGCUCCCAAAGCCCGAGGAAGAGAAAUUCAUCCAUUAAAGUACCAAUCAAAUUUACGGGGAACCUUGGAAAGGGAUCAGUUGGACAUGAGAAGGUGUUUAAUGACCCAAUCCAUGGUCACAUCGAGCUGCACCCCCUGCUAGUGAAGAUCAUCGAUACUCCUCAGUUCCAGAGACUGCGGUAUAUUAAACAGCUGGGAGGAGCCUACUUUGUGUUUCCUGGAGCUUCACACAACCGAUUUGAACACUCAGUAGGAGUUGGAUAUUUAGCAGGUUGUCUCAUUAAAACUCUAAGUGAAAAACAGCCAGAGCUUGGCAUCACGGAAGAAGACAUCCUGUGUGUUCAGGUCGCUGGCUUGUGCCAUGAUUUGGGUCACGGCCCAUUUUCUCAUCUGUUUGACCGCAUGUUUAUCCCAAGGGUCCGUCCUGAACUGAAAUGGGAGCAUGAGAUUGCAUCAGUGAAAAUGUUUGAGCAUCUGGUGAAGGAGAAUAACCUGGAGGAUACGAUGAUGAAAGAUUAUGGUCUUUCUACCGAUGACCUCAAAUUUAUCAAAGAACAAAUUGCAGCACCUUUGAACCCCUCUGUACAAGACAAGUGGCCCUACAGUGGAAGACCUGAGGAAAAGUCCUUCUUGUAUGAGAUUGUGGCAAAUAAGAGGACUGGCAUUGAUGUGGACAAGUGGGAUUAUUUCGCAAGAGACUCAUAUCACCUGGGACUCAAGAACAUCCCAGACUACCAGCGUUUCCUAAAAAUGGCCAGAGUGUGUGAGGUCAAUGGGAAGAAUGUCAUCUGUUCCAGAGACAAGGAAGUCCAUGAUUUAUAUGACAUGUUUCACACAAGACACUCCCUACACCGCAGAGCCUAUCAGCACAAAGUGACCAAGAUCAUUGAGGAAAUGAUAACAGAAGCCUUGGUCAAAGCCGAUCCUUACAUUCUGAUCCAGGGAUCCUCUGGAAAGAUGUACAAAAUGUCACAGGCCAUAGAUGACAUGGAGGCCUACACCAAGCUCACAGAUAACAUCUAUGAGCAGAUCCUGUACUCCUCUAAUCCAGACCUGUCUGAAGCUCAGACCAUCGUGAAGAAUAUUCUCUGCAGAAAAUUGUACAAGUGUGUGGGACAGACUAUACCUGAAGAAGCUCUUAAUUUGUCAAAGGAAGCAUUGGCCAAAGAAGUGGCUGAGUCCAAACCUGAUGACACUGAGGUUGUCCUGAAAGCUGAAGAUUUCAUAGUCAGCGUAUUUGGUAUUGAUUAUGGCAAGAAGGAGAAAAACCCCAUCGACAAGGUCUACUUCUACUGCAAGCACAACCCCACUGAAGCCUUUCAGAUUCGCAAGGAACAGGUGUCCAAACUGCUGCCAGACACAUUUUCUGAGGAGCAUAUCAGACUUUACUGCAAACAGACAGAUAAACUGGCAGAUGCAAAGAAAUACUUUCAGCAGUGGUGUAAGAAGAAGGGUUUGAAACCUCUGGAUGCUAAUCUUGUGGUUCAAGAAUUUACUCCUGCCAAGAAAACUCAAAAUGAAGAACAAGGAGAUGCAGAGGCUAAAGAUCGGGUAAAGAAAGCCCUCUUUUUAACACUAGGCAUGGACAACAGCAUUGAAGCCAAAUCGCACCCUGCUGGCAGACCAAAUGACCAAUUAUCCUGUUAAAGGUUUAAAUUGAUUAUAAACUGAUUACUGAAAAAUAUCUUACAGCUGGUGCGUUAAUAUUAUUCAGAAUUUUAAACUGACUUAAACUCUAUCUUGGUGUCAUAACGUAUAUACUUCCAUUACUUGUUAAUUGUAUUUAGGGUACAGAGGAAAAAUGUUGUCUUCUAUUGCUUUACAGAAUAAUUAUUUUAACUUUAAUCAUUUUCUUUCACAUGGUCAUGUAACAGAUUUACCUUCAUGUAGGGACUUUCUGACAUUUAAGACUUUCUAUUAAGUUUACUU